AAACUUACAUAAUAACCGAAAUAGGUAAGUUGAUUUUUGGUUUUCUCCGUCUGUCGCUUCAGUUUCACGUGCUCUCUGACGCGUCAAUAGUAACCAGACAUCGAGGAAAUAUUGCUCCUACGUGAUGUCACUGCUUCUCUAAAAUAGGAUGUUUUCAAUGUAGAGGUAAAAAAAAAAAAAAGAUAUCUAUAUCGUGCAAAAGUUCAACUAUUUUGCCAUUCAUUCAGAAAGUGAAACUUACUUUGAAUAAAUUCAUUCCACAUAAAUAUUUCAAGCUUUCUUGUAAUUUUGAUGAUUAUGGCUGAAAUAUAAUGAAAACCUAAAAUUCAGCAUUUCAGUCAAUUAGAUUAACACAGAAGACUAAUAAAAAUACAAAAAAAUUAAAAAAAAAAAAGGCUGUUUUAAGCACAGAUGUCCGGCUUCUGAAAAUGUUAAUUUCUAUGCACUCAAUAGUUGGUUGGGCCUCCUUUUGCAUGAAUUACUGCAUCAACGCACUGUGGCAAGGAGGCGAUCAGCUUUUGGCGCUGCGUAGGUGAAAUGGAAGCCGAGGUUGCUUUGAUAGCUGCCUCCAGGUCAUCUGCAUUAUCGGGUCUAGUGUCUCUCAUCUUCUUGACAACAGCCUAUGGAUUUUCUGUGGGGUUCACGUCAGGAGAGUUGGCUGGCCAAUCAAGAACAGUAACACUCUGGUCAUUGAACCAGCUUUUGGUAUCUUUGGCAGCGUGGGCUGCUGGAAAAUACAAUCCACUUCUCCGUACAGCCUUUUAGCAGAGAAAAACAUUCAGCUCUAGAAUUUCCUGGUAUAUGCCUGCAUUGACGAUGGACUUCAGAAAACACAGUGGACCAACACAAGAACAUGGCCUCCCAAAUCAUCACUGACGGGAAACGUAACAUUUGACUUCAAGCAAUGUGGGUGCUGUGCCUCUCCACUAUUCCUCCAGCCUCUGGGACCCUGAUUUCCAAGUGAAAUGUAAAAUUUACUUUCAUCUGAAAAGAGGACUUUGGACCCUUGAGCAUGUCCUGUUCCUUUUCCUACUUUGCCCGGGUGAGACAUUUCUGACGGCGUUUUUGUUUCAGGAGUGGCUUGACACGAGCAAUGUGACAUUUGCAGCACAUUUCUGGUACCGUCAUUUCUCGUGUAUAAUGCAGUUUGAGAGUUGAACUUCUCUUUUAAGACAGUAUGGCAUUGGAGAUCAAUCAGUUCCAUCUGCAGCUCCCGUGGUGCUGUUUCAAGGUCUUGUGUGACUGAAUCUUGGGGGGCAGUUUGUCAGAUAAAGGUGUUCUGCUGAGCCUGCAAGCUUGAUUUUAACCGCUGAGCCGUAGCCUUCAGUCCCUGCGUUGAUUGGCUGUUAGCAUAAUCAGCAUGUUUGGUAGAAAGGUGACGGCUGAUGUUAUAUUCGUCUAAAACCGUAAUGGUUUUUUAACAAAUUAGACAUACGGUCUUUCGACCGGACUUCAGUGAAAAAGUAUUUAGUAGUCCAUUCUACAUUAAACACUUGGCACUCAUUGUCGACUUUUCUUUUCUUUGGGCCACUCAUGGUUGAAGGAGGGUUGAGAGCAAUAGCAGAGUAACUAUGUAUCACUGUACCUACCGCGCUACCUGGUGGAACCACUGCGCAUUACAGGGCAACCUGGUGGAACUACUGGGUCAAAUGAAUGUAGUCAUGAUUUGAUAUGAUUUGGGCGAUUCUGUACAAAUCUUUGGCGGGCCGGAUUGAAACGAUCAACGGGCCAGGAUGUGGCUCACGGGCCAUAGUUUGCCCACCCCGGGCUCCAGAUGGAGACUCCAGACUGAGCAAAAUAAAACACAGGAAAUACUCAUAUAAUACAUUGUCAUGGCUAGAUACGCACGACCCCGCUCUGGUCGUGUGUACUUGGCAGCAGAGCAAAAACGCGGAGCCAACAUAGACACAUAUAGUUAGAGCCUAUAAGGAGCAAGUUGGGUCGUUGCCAAGAUAUGUCAGCGCAGCUGCCAUUUUGGAUGUGGCAGAGUUACCCGUAAAUUCAUAUAAAGUAAAUGAACUGAAUUUCAUCGCAACGCGUGAACCCACAUAAAGUAUAUACCUCUUCUUCGCCCAAUCAUAGCACAUGGACACACUAUUAUAUUGCGGAAACAGAAAGGCACGCACCAAAAACAAAGCACAGAACUUUUAAUAUGAUGAUUAUAAAAACUUGCUCUUUAUUUGCGCCGGAUCAUUUCAAAUGUAUUUAAGUGUGCUCAGAAUCUUUCAAGGGUAAAUAGGACAAAACCAUCAUAUGAUGGAAUUUUUACUGCUUCUAAUGUAUGUUUUAUUUCUGGUAUGCGCAGCAUAUGCUUAUGAUCAUUUUGAAUUUAAUUUAUAAUUGUAUUCUUAUAAUCCCUCAAGGGUCAAUCAAUCGUAUGUAUGUGUCUUCUUCUAUUCCUUUCGGCUUGUCCCGUUAGGGGUCACCACAGUUUUUCAUCCUUUUCCAUGUAAUCCGUAUCUCCUGUAUCCUCCUCUCUAACACCAGCUGCCCUCAUGUCUUCCCUCACUACAUCUAUCAACCUUCUCUUUGGUCUUCCUCAAGGUCUCUUGCCUGGCAGCUCCAUCCUCAUCACCCUUCUACCGAUAUACUUACUGUCUCUCCUCCGGACGUGUCCAAAUCAUCGAAGUCUGCUCUUCUCUAACUUUGUCUCCAAAACAUCGAACCUUGGCUGUGCCUCCGAUGAGCUAAUUUCAAAUUUUAUCCAACCUGGUCACUCUGAGAGAGAGAGAGAGAGAGAGAGAGAGAGAGAGAGAGAGAACCUCUCCAUCUUCCUUUCCGCCACCUCCAGCUCUGCUUCCUGUCGUCUCUUCAGUGCCACCGUCUCUAAUCCGUCCAACAUGGCUGGCCUCACCACCGUAUUUUAAACUUUGCCCUUCAUCCUAGCAGAGAUUCUUCUGUCACAUAACACACCUGACACCUCCCUCCACCCGUUCCAACCUGCUUGGACUCGUUUCUUCACUUUCUGACCACACUCACCAUUGCUCUGGACGGUUGACCCCAAGUUUUCAAAGUCCUCCACCCUCUCUUCUCCCUGGAACCUCACUCUUCUCCCUCAACCCCCAUCAUUCAUGCGCAUAUAUUCUGUCUUACUUCGGCUAAUCUUCAUUCCUCUGCUUUCCAGUGCAUGCCUCCACAUUUCUAACUGUUCCUCCACCUGCUCCCUGCUUUCACUGCAGAUCACAAUGUCAUCUGCAAACAUCAUGGUCCACGGGGAUUCCAGUCUAACCUCAUCUGUCAGCCUAUCCAUCAUCACUGCAAACAGGAAGGGGCUUAGCGCUGAUCCCUGAUGCAGUACCACCUCCGCCUUAAACUCCUCUGUCACACCUACAGCACACCUCACCACUGUUCUGCUGCCCUCAUACAUGUCCUGUACUAUUCUAACAUACUUCUCUGCCACUACAGACUUCCUCAUGCAGUACCACAGUUCCUCUCUGGGUACUCGGUCAUAGGCUUUCUCUUGAUCUACAAAGACACAACGUAGCUCCUUCUGACCUUCUCUCUACAUCUCCAUCAACACCCUCAGGGCAAAGAAUGCAUCUGGGGUACUCUUUCUAGGCAUGAAACCAUACUGUUUCCCUCAAAUACUCACCUCUGUCCUGAGUCUAGCCUCCACUACUCUUUCCCAUAACUUCAUUGUGUGGCCCAUCCACUUUAUUCCUCUCUAGUUCCCACAGCUCUGCACAUCACCCUUGUUCUUCAAAAUGGGCACCAGCACACUUUUCCUCCAUUCCUCAGGCAUCUUCUCACGCGCUAGACUUCUGUUGAACAAGCUGGUCAAAAACUCCGCAGCCACCUCUCCAAGAUGCUUCCAUACUCCUACAGUACCAGCCUGGUGGUGGUAAGCUACUGGAGUAGCCACAGCUGCCCUGGGGCAGUCUGGCUGCCAUUCUGCGCCGACACCAAACAUCAAAAUGCAUUCAUUCGCAUAGGACUGCUAUGGGCGCCCCAUCCCAUAGGGGUCGGGCCUGUGGGGCCGUGGCCCCUCGAUGCCAUGGGGGCAGUGAUGAUACGGUGACAGACUCUGAGGAGGUUCCAGAGGAUGACUUUGCAGUCAGGAAUGGGGACUCACAGCUUUUUGACAAGGUCCGAGGCCAUGAUAUUAAGCUCCUCCGGUACUUGUCAGUUCGCUACAUCUGCGACCUUAUGGUGGAGAACAAGAAGGUUAAGUUCGGCGUGAAUGUGACAUCCUCCGAGAAGGCCGACAAAGCCCAACGCUAUGCAGACUUCACUUUGCUCUCUGUGCCUUAUCCAGGGUGUGAGUUCUUUAAAGACUACAAAGAUAGAGACUACACUGCUGAGGGACUUGUGUUUAACUGGAAUCAGGACUAUGUGGAUGCUCCCUUGACAAUUCCUGCGUGCUUUAAGAAGAACCUAAACAUUGACUGGGCUGAGUACCAGUCAUGGGACCUGGUGGAACAGACGCAGAACUACCUGAAGCUACUUCUACAUAUCAUCAACAGUGAUGAUGAGAGUGGCCUACUUGUGCACUGCAUAUCAGGCUGGGACCGAACACCUCUGUUUGUUUCUCUCCUCAGGCUGUCUCUUUGGGCCGACGGAGCUGUACACAACAGUCUGGAAGCAGCCGAGAUCCUGUAUCUGACUAUUGCUUAUGACUGGUUCCUGUUUGGUCACAUGCUGCCAGACCGACUCUCCAAGGGGGAGGAGAUUUUCUUUUUUUGCUUCAACUUUUUGAAGCACAUCGUCUCAGAGAAGUUCUCUGCUAUUAAAAAAGAGAGAAGGAAGAACUCCCAGUGCAAAGAUGGUGAUUUUACAGUGGAGGACCUCUGCCAAUUAAAGUCCAGGGAUCGUGGCAGUGUGACAAGUCUGAGCAGUGACUUUUCCCUCAUCACUGAGGAGGUUGGUGUGACUUCCGGCUUCAUGAGCGACACUCUGGACUUCUUCUCCAGCCAGCCUCCACUUCCCACUUGGAAAAAAGGCACCGCCUCCUCUCCUCCAAUGGUCAUAUGGAACAAACAAAACCCUCUGGAUGAACAGCUCCCACAUCCCCUGAGUGAGGCCAGGCCUUCCAGUUCAUCCUCCUCCAACCACUCGGACCACGCCGUCACACGCGCAGGGAGCAGCCCCUUGGCUGUCCCCGGCCCAAGGUUUGCAGCAGACUGCACUCGGUCAGGGUCUUCUCUGUCUACAGAGUAUGGUAGUUGGCAGAUCGUCUCUGGUUGCGGUAGCAUCCACGAUCGUCCUCCCUUCCAUCCACCUCUGACUUCGGCCUCGUCCGCUGUGGCUGCCCCCUAUGACUCCCUCCUGCCCUUCAGCUUUCAGGAGGAAGGACCCAAUGGACGGAUGUGUCCCUUCCCCUCAGAACGUCAAGCGCGUCUCGAAGCUGUGCGGGAAAUCUUCCUGGCGGCCUACAGCUCUACUGUGGGUCUAAAGUCUGGAGCGUCCAGUCCCUCUGGGGCAAUCACAGGCCUGCUUGAGCAGUUCGCCCGAGGUGUCGGCCUUCGAAGUACCAACAGCCUUGUCUAAGCCCCUUUUAAUGUGAUUGCUGACACCUCCGCUUCAUCAGAUCCAUCCAUCAAAUAAUUUGUGGACGCCAACGAAGUGCCAAACAUUCCUUCGUACAGGGGUUUUCUACUCUUAGUGAAUCUGCGUCGGUGUUUUUCCAAACUUUACAUGUGAAGAUGAGUCUCAAACUGAUCCUUUAUGGUUUAAUCUAUUUUUGCUUGUUCCUCCAUGAAAGGGAUGGAAUUGUUUUCUGUCACUGCAUCACAAGAGCAAAGUGAAAGAAGGCUUGCAGCGUGGAGUUGCUUGUUGCCUUCUCUAACUUAAAGUGAGGGUGACAUUGUGAUCUAGACAAAGUCAGCACUGCUUGUCACUCUUCAGGUUACAGUGUAUUUGAUUGAGUCACUACCUAAAUACAGUCAAAAGUUCAGAUACACUUUCACGUGCUAUUGAAUGAGAAAGUGUUUUGACUGGUGCAGUACAUGCCUGUAUACAGUUGAAACCAGAAGUUUACAUACACUAGAUAAAACCUUUUUUUUUCCUCACUGUGACAUGAAAUCAGACUAAACGUUUCCUGUUGUCGGUCAAUUAGGAUUACCAAAAUUAGAUUUUUUUAUACACAAAUUUGCAUGACUUUCUUUAAAGUCAGAAGUUAACCUAAAUUGAAUUCGUAUUUGAUACCAUUGCCUUUAAACUGUCUGACUUUGAAACUUUUUGGAUAUCCUUCCACAAGCUUCUCACAAUAGUUGUCAGAUAUUUUGGCCCAUUCCUCCUGACAGAACUGGUGUACCUGAGCCAAGUUUGUCGUCCACCUUGCUCGCACAUGCCUUUUCAGGUCUGCCCAUAAAUUUUCAAUAGGCUUGAGAUCACAGCGUAGCGAUGGCCACUCCAAAUCAUGGACUUUAUCCUUAAUCCUCUUUGUAAGCAGUUCAGCAGUAUGCUUCGGGUCAUUGUCCAUUUGGAAGACCCAUUUGCGCCCAAGCUUUAACUUUCUGGCCGACGCCUAUAGCUGUUGCUCCAGUGUUUCCGCUAACUGUUCGUUUUUUCACGAUGCACCGGUCCCUCCUGCAGAAAAAAGCCACAAUUGCCACCGCUGAAUUUCAAAGUUGGGAUGGUGUUCUCAAGCGUGCACAGGCUGAAAUAUUGUUAACUCUGGAAACAUGCAUAUAAUUGCAUUUCAAUACAAAACAGUCGAAAAAAUUCCCAGCUAAAAUUAAACAGAACCUAAAGCUAAAAUGCCAUUUCAGGACACAUUUUUAGAACAGUAUGGCCUUUAAAUGGUUUCUGCAUGGCAGUUGAAAAGUUAGAUCAACUUUGGUGAUAUGAAAACUCCUUUUUGCACAAUUUGCACAAAACCACGCUGACCAAGGCUUCAGUCUGAUAAAACAUGCACGAUAGGUUAAUUGAAGACUCUAAAUCGUCCGUAGGUGUGAAUGGUUGUUUGUUUCUAUGUGCCCUGGGAUUGGCUGGCGACCAGUCAGGGUGUAGCCCGCCUCUCUCCCAGAGUCGUGCUGGGAUAGGCUCCAGCACGCCCGCGAAAUCGUUCGUCGGGGCGAAUGGUUGGUAUGUGCCCUGCAAUUGGCUGGCGACCAGUUCAGGGUGUACUCUGCCUCUCGCCCAGAGUCGUGCUGGGAUAGGCUUAAGUACACCCGUGACCCUAGUCAGAAUAAGCAGUAUGGAUAAUGGAUGGAUGGAUUUCUUGUCAGUGAGAGAAAAAAAAAGCAUAUAGUGUAUGUAAACUUCUGGUUUCAACUGCAUAUGUUUAAAGUCCACGAUGUUUGUGCGUUCCAAGUUAAGAUGAGACAUUGGAAAUACAGCUAUAUGGAUCACAGCGGUGUCUAUAUGAUUUUAUUGAGUUAAUUGUGAGGCAGGAAUGACCUCAGCACAUUUGCAAGACUAUAUAAAUUAAUUCCAGAGGGUGCUUUUUUGACAUCAGGAUACCUUAAGAUUUUGGUUUAUUUUUGAUAUCUUUUGUUCAGUUGAGUCUUCCUUUGAAGGUAUUGAAUCCCGCAUCCGAUGACACUUUGUUUCAGCUGUGGUUGUUUGGAAGUACUCGAUAAAUAAAAUUGAGUUGAGCUAAGAUUA